GAGCGGCGUGUAGUCAUCGAGGUGGUGUGGUGCGAGGUGUUUGGGUGUUCGGAGCUGCGAGGCGUGGGAUCAUGUGUGGUGUGGGAUGUGAAAGUAUGGGAGAUAGUGUUGCGGUGUGUUGCUGGGAAGGUAUGUGAGGUGUAGUGGUGUGGGAAGGUGUAAGAAGAGUGUGGUGGUGUUGUGGGAUUGAAAGGGAGGAUGUGUGGUGUAGUGUUGUGGUGUUGGAGAGAAUAUAUGUGGUGCAGUGAAGAUAUUGAGUAGGUGCAUGUGUAGAAGAUGGUGAAGGAGGAUGUAUGGUAUAUUGGAAGUGUGUGUGGAAGCGUGAGAUGCAGGAAGGGUGUCGUGGGGCGCAGCAGGGAAGGCGUGUGGCAAGGAGCUACCAGUGUGUACGUGUCUCGUGGGUCGACAAGAUCUGCUAUCAGGAAGGACGCACUAAAUCCCUUUCAGUGUUCCUUGACUCUGCAGGUCUUGUGUGCGAGUGAGAACUAGCGUCGGCUGACCAGGCCGGGAGUUGACACCAUGUGACCCACAGCCAUGAAUGCUGUCCAUCUCUUCCUUCCUUCUUCCACAAACCAUCUGAGAAGAAAAGUGAGAAGAGGAUGUAACUUUCAUAACGCUUGAAGAGUUCGCAAGUAUUCUUCACCAGACCACUAAGCUAGCGUGGUCAUUUCUGAUCCUUGAGGUCAUUUCUUCUCUCUUCCUCGGGUGAGACCACUUGACAGCCGUCCUUCCCUCUAGCUGAGUACCAGGGACUCCAGCUGCCAUCGCAAUGGGUAACCAGAACAGCAGCAAGGGCCACCUUGCCCAUCCACCUGUCAACUGGACUCAGAGUUUCCCAAGAGAACAUAAGCGGCUCAAGAAAUAUGGAGCCACAGCAGAAAACAAGGUUCUACCACAGAGGAUCCCUGGCCAGCGCCUCCGUCCCACAGAAAACGGCCACAUCCUGCAGACAAAAGGCACCAUUUCAGGCCGGAGGAUUAAUGAAUUCCAUGCCCCUCACCACCCAGCCUUCCCUCCACCCAUGCCCCUGCACCACCAGCCCCCCGGCAUGCCACACCCCCACUCAGCCUCCAUGACAGCACUGCACUACCCACACCACCAGGACGAGCGAGGAUCCUCCAUCCAUGACCUGAGGUUUGGUCGCCCACCAUCAAAAAAUUACGCCAGUGAGCCGGACCUGAGAGGCUCAGCUUCCCCCUCCAUGGCUCCCAUGUCCAUGCCUCACACAAUAAUCAGCCAGUCACCCACAAAGGGAAGAAUAAAAUCCAAGAAAAAAUACAAGGCCCCACCAGUCCCUCAGAAUGAGAUGAGCACCCACUCACUGCCUCGUGGUGCCAUGAGGUCUCACUCAGUAAGUGACAUGGCAGGACCACCACAUCCACCACAUGGGCAGAAUCACUGUGCCGUACAUUUUGCUGACAGUAUAGACAAGGAAAUCACCAGCAGCCCAGAAGGUCAGAAGCGUAAGACACGUAAGAUUGGACUCUUCCGGAAAAAUAAUGAAUCUCGCCGACUAAGCUCAGGCGAUGAUCAGAGAAGCUCAGGAGAGGAGCAGGAGAGAGGCCGAGCAUCCAGUGAAGCCAGGCAAGGGGGAGCCAUUUCCCCAGUGCACUACUCACCCCGUGAAGAACUUCGGGAGAGGGCCAGGAGCCUCGACUGCCUGCAGCAUGAACUCCGUCACUCUCCUGUAGUGUCACCAGUGCCGACUGCAGCCACCAGCAUGACUCAUCUUCACCACCCCCAGGAGUCACGACUGUGGUCUACCCUUGAGAGAGACUCCAGGCGGUCGGCUCGCCAUGAGGUGGAGUCCAGGCGAAGCAGCACUCUGGAGCGAGAGUCCCGUAAGUCAGCCAGUGAUUCCAAGAGGACCACCACCUUGGAAAGGGAAGUACAGAAGAGUCACAGGAGGAUGAGCACUCUGGAAAGGAAGGUUGAGGAGCGAAAGCACUGGGCAUCUGAUGGUCAUGACAGUGUUACACCAACCUCCACCAGUCGUGUGUCACGUCUUGACUCUUACCGGGACACUUCCUCUCACCGCCGCUCAUCAUCCAGUGGCUCUCACCCUGAGCUGAUCCAGGAAGAGAUUGAAAUUAAAAAGAAAGAGGAAGACAGAAUCAGAUCAGAAAAGGAGAAGAUGAAAGUAAACAAGAAGAAUUCAUCAAAAGCUGUUAAUGAUGAAUGGGAGAAGGAGGCUGAAAUACAGAAGAAUAAUAAUCGAAAACUGUCACCAAGCUUGCAGGCUGAGCUCAUUCACACAGUCAAUAACUUGAGAAAGACCUCAGUGGAUCAAGAGCACAAGACAUCAACACUCACACGAAAGGGCAAAGAAAAUGACAGGUGGCCAGCCAAGCCCACCUCCAACCACAGUGAAGAUAUUGGUCCCAUUGAGGCCCAGCCAAAAACAUUCUUCUUUGGAAUGGAGCCAGAAGUGUCCAGGGAUCCACGCAGUGAAACCAACACUGGCCUCCAUAAGAUUAAGAACCAGGAGGAAGUUUCAAAGGCCAGAAACCAAGAAGAGGUUCACAUUAAUGGCCAGACUGUGGAAUUUUCCCGGCGUACUCUUGAGCGGGCUGAAAGAAGCCAGAGCCGAAACCGCAGCACUCGCAAGGAGAAGACAAGUGAGAUUACUUCUACAGCAGUCACUCAUGAGUCUGCAAAGCAUGCCAAUCAUAGAAAGCUUUCUAAAGAUGUAGAAGACUUUGCAGUUGCCAUUGAGCGCUACAAAAUGAGUCGUCUUGAUGGGGAGAGUGGUGCCAGUGGGUCAUCGAAGCGUGAGGACGGAGGCUACCACUCAAGACAGAACUCAGGAAGCCUCUACUUGGAUAAUGAAAGUGAUGGCAGGGAGGAGGGAGGAUUAUGCAUGAACUUGAGGCCAACACUACCACGCAGGCAGCUUGAGAUUCCAAGGUUCAGUCCAAAUGCUGCCUGGCGGUCACUGAGCCUGGAGCGCUCCGGGAGGCACACCGACACUCAUGAGGAGACCCAGAGUAGUGAGGGCCCAGACUCUGUUUUCGAGUCAAAGAUACAAAGAUUCACACGUCCAACAGCUCCACCAAGAGGCUCUGGAGAAAAAUCUGCUGACUCAGGGAUUUCAGGAGAUGCUGGCAGCCCAGGACCCACACACGAGUUUGAGCCUCUGAUGCCAACUGAGAAAACCAAAAGCUCUUCAGGACCACUGGCUGUGUCCUCACCUGUAGUGUCAGGGAGAGCUGAGGGGCGGCGUGCAUGGACACCUGCACAGGAUCUUGAUGACAAUAGUCUGGACAGCAAUGGAGAGCCAGCUGACAUCCCCACUGGACUCUCAACACCACCAAAGCUCACUUCAAGGUCUAACAUGUUCCCAAAGGCUAAAGAGCUUUCACCUGAUGCAGAGAUGGAGCUAGAAUCACCUGGAGAAAUAGAAACCAUCUCUGAACUAAUAUCUCCAGAUGACAAAGAUCACUGGUCAAAAUCCAAGAAGCUGAAUGUGCCAGUCAUUCACCCUCAGAAAUUCAACAGCCUUCGUAAACUGAAGCGGUCAGUGUCUGGUGCUGUCACGGGAGGCAACCACAAGAACUUUGGCCCAGACGACUACCACCGCAGCAAGACCCCGGACCAGCCACGAGGCCUGCAGCACGGGGAUGACUCUCACUGGCGGGACAACUGGUCCAUGUCACGCUCCAUUCCUAACUCCCUCAACACAUGCGAGGAGCAGGACACCAUCAGCAACCUGUCCAGCACACGCAACAUGAAGAGCAGAUCUGAGUCUCGCAUCGGCCUGAACGGAGACACACACCCUGAUGACUCACGCUCACGAACACCUUCCUACUUGAUGUACGGUAACGGUGGGCACAUCAUGUACCUUCCGCAGUACGACUCUCGCAGGAUGAGCCAUGGCACUGCUGGGAGUGAGGAUGAGGUGGAUCACUACAGGUCUCCUCACCACAAGGACAGUAGAUAUGUGGCACAAUACUCAGGGCUUCCUUCCUCACCUGAAAAUGAACGCAAGCCUCCAUCAGGUGAUGAGGACCCAGCACUCCCAGAGGCCUACUGUGGGUCGGCCUCCUUUCCAGCCACAGCAGUCGCUCCUCCUCCCAGGAAGCUGAAGGGGAAGAAGUUCUCCUACCAGAGCACAGUGAGGAUACUGGAGAUGAGAAAACUGGAGGAAAAACUCACAAGAGAAGUAGCUGAAAAGGAAAAGCAGAGAUUAAAGGAAAUGGAGGCCAUGAAAAAGGUGGAAGAAGAAUUCCAGAGGAAGAGAGAAAGAGAGAAGAAGAAAGUCAAGCAGCAGCUGAAACUUUUCCACAUGCAGCAGCAGCAACAGCACAAGGUGCACCAGUCACAGCAGCACACGCCGAGAGAGACUCACAACAACUCCUACUCCAGCGACGACCAUCCUCCCUCGUCCUACUCCUCUGAGCAGCACGAGGUAUCCAGCCAGGCCUCCUCCCAGCCCCCGCCGCUGCCCCACUCCCCUCCCCCACAGGUGUGCUCCUCCUUCAUUUCCCUUCCUCCUGAGCUACCCACUGAGGCUUGCUCUGGCCUCAUCUCUGGCAUCAAGAGCUGGGUCAAGAGUAGAAAGGAAACUCGCUCCUCCACCUCCUCCACCACCCUUACCUCUGGCUCAAGGCAGGAGCCUGAUGGGGCCCCAGCCUCCUCACCAAGAAAAACAAGUGAUGACUACCACACCUCAGGAGCAUCCUCCCCCAAGGACAGCCUCCCACCAGGUGACCCUGCAAAGCAGGACAUAAGGGCAGAAAUAAUUGCUGCCUCAAAAAAGCGAAAUGCUGAUAAUGUUGGGAGGCUUGACAAGCAGCAAAGUGGCAAAAUUAGCCCUCAGCAGAAAUCAGUCAGCAUUCUCACUAAUAUGGGUACAAAGCAGGAGGGUCACCACUCACAGUCCAACCCCCCUGAUGCCAGCUUGCACCACCACCACCACCACCAGAAGCACAGCAAGCACCACUCCAAAGAGGACGCACGGCACGGCCAGCCUGGCGACAAGCGGCGCUUCGGCUCGGGUCUCAUGCAGGAGCUGUCUGAGCUGCACCAGGAGCGCCGGGAGUACCGGGAGUACCGCAGUCCCUCCAGACACUCCAGACACUCCCAGUCUCCACCAGUUGGCACACCAGGAAGUCCUCUUGUUCAUGUGGGUGCCAUGAAGAGCUCCAGCACAACCUCUAGUAACUACCGGCGGGACUUCUGCCGCGGCAACGCCCAGGUGAUUGGACUGAAUGUUGUGGCCGUGAAGGGGCGGCGCAGUGACGAGAGUGACAGAUAUUCCAAACACUCAAGUGAGGACCGGCGGUCAGUGAGCAGCAGCGGCAUCCAGCGCAGCGCCUCGGUGGACUUCCUGGAGACUGGCUCCUGUUCAUCCAGCACCGGCAGUCCCUCUCACCCGGCAAGUAGCCACCCUGCCGACCCAUCCCUCAGCCACAACUAUGGACGGGGUGGCAGCGGCGGCAGCAGCAGUGGUGGUGGUGGUGGUGGUGGUGGAUACCCUCCCGUGGACAGCAGCCCAGCUCGUUUUGCCCACAGCAUCCUGACUCCCUACAACCCUGUCAAGGGCUACCGCCCCGUGUCCUUCUCUCCACCUCCUCCCACUAAGAUUCUUCCAGUCAAUUAGUGAUGUAACACACUGUACUUUUGUCUCUCUGUCAAAGAGAAAACCAAAGUACUGAUUGUUCUAGGAGAGACUGGGGAAGCUAGGCCAUCUUACUGUUUAAGGUUGUUUACAAAAGUGUUCAAAUUAGCAUACUCUGUGCCAAAAGUGAAUAGAGGAUUUGCAAUAUAAGAACUGUAUGUAUGUGUGUGUGUCACUAACACUGAUUAACUAUGCUACAUUUAAGUGCAGAUUGCCUUCUUCAGUAUUAGGUCUUGCAAGGCAUUCCCUGCAUUCAUCACAUGUAAAGAUAUCAUAUAUUUUAUUGAAGGUCUCCAGCUUUAAUGCUUCCAUCCUGCAAGGGAUAAGGAGUUUAGGAGUAAGGUCACUUUAAAUGUAUACAUUGUACAGACAUUUGUAACUAAAAACAUGUUUGUAUUCAUCCAGGGAUUCUCUUUAGGCAGCACUAUUUUUAAACUGUAUAUACAGUAUACAUAAAUAGAAAAGAUUAACUUUGAAAUUAAUUUAAUAUGCUAUAUAUCUAUUUAUAUACAUACCAGGCAGAUGUCCUCCUUACAGAGGACUGCACAGGCAAGAUGUCAUGCAUUGGGUCAUGCUAAGAAUGAAAUGGCAGGAAUGAAUGCCAAGUCCCUAUGUUCCAUCCCUUAUAGUCACCUUUUACAAUGUGCAGGGAAUGCAGUGCCCUCAACUGCAGGGAUGACAGGAAAGCAGGAAAGGGAGAUGCAAGGAUGCAAUGCAUGUUCCAGGUAGCAAUACUGUGUGAAUGUGGGAAAAACAACCACAAGAGAUAAUAUACAUUAUAUGAGAAAUAACUUAAAUAUAAGCAUAAUUAUGUUCUAUUUGUAUUAUCAUAAGUUCUGAAACAGAACAAGGUCUUAAGAGUACAGUUAUCAAGAGGACUAAUGCUAAGAACACUUAACAUGAUAAGAGAAAGAUUGAUCAAUGAUUACAUGUACUGUAUAUGGCUUUCAGUGAUCAUUGAUUACAUGUACUGUAUAUGGCUUCCAAUAGUGUAUUGUGUGCAAAGGGAGUCUUCUUUUCUGUGCUUUGUCAGGCAACACACUGUGACAACAGCACUGACAAUGCACAGGCAGGUGAAAGAUGGGGAGCAGAACACCCAUACCUUUUCCACACCAGGUUUUGUUAUAGCAUAACUUUGUAAGACAAGCUUGUCCCACCAAAAUAUCCAGAAGCUUUUUUUUGCAUGUUAAGAAUUUAUAAUAUUCAUAUUGAAGUAGACAAUAUCAGCACUUAAUAGAGUGAAGAAUACAGUGAAGUAUUGAUAUAUUAUUAGAGUGGUGCCCUGCUCAGCUCCCUCAUGCCAGUGCUGCUUCCUCUGGUGAAGAGCUCUAAAAGUAUUUAUAUUCUUUUGUAUUCUGUGGUGGGAUGAUUUUCUCCCAGGCAAUAAUGAAACACACCUCUCAUUUAUCAUAUUUAUAUCAAUGUGUAAUGAACGAUGAUAAAGUCAAGAUUCAUAUGAUGUUUUUACACAAACUCAACCUUAGACUUCUUCAUUAACUUGAAAGCAGUACAGUCAUGUCUUUCUGAUGGCUGUAUCUAAUGCUGUUAUGUGUGUGAAGUUUUGGAAGCAUGGGUACUUAACAUUCAUAACAAUAAGAGCAAUUAUCCUUUAUUCAUGAAAAUGGAUACUGAGUUUGCUAGACAAGAGACAGUAUGACAUUAUAACAGUAUAUAUUAUGACAGUAUAACAUUAGAAAUCUGAAGAGCCAGAAGUGUGGCAUGUCGUAAAUCACUGUUAAUAUUAUUUUUUAAUAACUUUGUUUUGAGGAGAGAUUUACAUAGGCUAAAAAUUCAAUGCAAAGUCCUGUUUCCUGCUCAAAGAAAACCACUGGAGUGUUGAAAAGCAACCAUUGACUGACGCCGAGGCGCUCUUGUGUGGACUGAAUCACAUUCCUGGUGUUUUGCACAUUGCAGAUCUGCCACAGGCCUUUCAUGAGUGAAUCUCUCUCUCUCUCUCUCUCUCUCUCUCUCUCUCUCUCUCUCUCUCUCUCUCUCUCUCUCCCUCUCUCUCUCUCUCUCUUGACAUACUCAGGCAAUAGUCAUGAAACGCGGUCACAACAUUCUACUGAUCUAAACAGAUUCAGAAGCAUCAGUCAGCCUGGAUCUGCAAGAGUGGACACACCUGCGAGCGUUCCCGUCUAUAUUGAACCUCCUUACUUAUGAAGAGUUUACACGAGAUACGAAAUUGUACAUUACUGUAAAUAAUAUUUUAUACACUCAUUACUUUGUAUCUUAACAAAAUAAAAAUAAUUAUAAUUUA